AUGGAGAAAAAAUUUGAGAUAUUCCUUGAUGCUCUUGAUGAGUAUGCAAGUGGGUAUCUCACAAAAGAGUGGGUUGCUCCGGUCAAGACUGUUGAGGGUGAGGUUGUGCCCAAGCCUAGGUCAGAAUGGACUGAAGCUGAGGUGUUUGCUGCAUAUUCAAACAAGAAGGCCAGAAAUGCCUUAGUUACAGCUUUGUCUAGCACACAAUUUGCACAUAUACAACACAUCCCUAAUGCUAAACAAGCUUGGGAUAAACUAAGGGUGGUUCAUGAAGGGGAUGACCAAGUUAGAACCCUAAAACUUUCAGAUGGUGCUUGCACAAUUUGA